AUGGCCUACGCCUUCAUGAAGGACAGCACCACUGCUGAUGGGCUUCUGGAAGCUCGGACCUCCUCCCAGGGCUCAGGACCCAACAGCAAGAACCUGAACAUCCAUCUCCAGGGGGUCCAGGCAUCCCUGGACCAAACGGUGGCUCCAGUGUUAGAUGGCACCAGUUUGGGGGUAAGCACAGGCCAAUCUGUGGAUAGAGGCAGCAGCCAGACUUUUGGAAACUCCCAGAACAUAGGAGAACAGGCCUUCCCCUCUGCGAACUCCAGUGACAGCAGCUCUCAACAGUUGACAGCAAGCUCUUUGACGUCAUCCUCCACCUUAGUGGAGAUCCUGGAAGCCAUGAAACAUCCCUCGACAGGAGUCCAGCUGCUCUCUGAACAGAAGGGCCUCUCGCCAUGCUGCUUCAUCAGUGCUGAGGUGGUGCACUGGCUGAUGAACAACGUGGAGGGGGUCCAGACACAGGCAAUGGCCAUCGACAUCAUGCAGAAAAUGCUGGAGGAACAGCUCAUCACACAUGCAUCCGGUGAAGCCUGGCGGACCUUCAUCUAUGGUUUCUAUUUCUACAAGAUAGUGAUGGACAAAGAGCCCGACCGAGUGGCCAUGCAGCAGCCGGCUGCCCCCUGGCACACAGCAGGAGUGGAUGACUUUGCUAGCUUCCAGCGCAAGUGGUUUGAAGUGGCCUUUGUGGCAGAAGAGCUCUUGCACUCCGAGAUUCCUGCAUUCCUUCUGCCUUGGCUGCCCAGCCGGCCAGCUUCUUAUGCGAGCAGGCACAGCUCCUUCAGCCGCAGUUUUGGAGGACGUAGCCAGGCAGCAGCACUUUUAGGUAAAUGUUUGACCUAGCUGGGGUCUGGGGAUGCAUUGGCAGGUGGCUGGGAGAGGGUGGUGACCAACCUAGGGAAUGAUGUCACACGAACCAGGGUUACAGCCACUGUGACUGUCCACUGACCACUGGGUCUGUUGUCAGUGU